AUGGCUGAGAAGAAAUGUACUGGUGACAAAGAUUCCAGGGAUGUAAUUCAGUAUCUGGAAGACAAUGGCUACUACAAAUUCCUGGACUUGAUUCGUGCUGCAGGGUUAGAGGAUGAACUGAAAACAGCAGGCCCGUUCACGGUGUUUGCGCCGACGGAUGCUGCGUUCACGUCCAUGCCGAGUGACCUGUACAGACACCUCACAGAGGACAAACAGUUCCGUGACAACCUCAUCAAAACACACAUCCUGCGAGACGUGGUCAUCAUGCCGGACGUCGUCAACGACAACACCGUCACGUCUCUGUCGGGCGUCACACUCAGAUUCAACAAGUAUUCACCUACUCUAUACACAGUGGAUGGAAUAAGCAUGACAAAUCCCGACCACGUGGUGCGGAAUGGGGUCGUUCAUGGCAUAAAUCACGUGAUCAUCAAAAAGAAUGUUACAUCCGGAGAAUACUUUGCCACACACGACAGCAAUUUCCGCGACUUGUUCGCGUCCAUCAUAGUUCGUGGACUAUUUCACAGACUAUCAGGUGACGCCCCUUUCACGAUACUGGCGCCUACUGACAAAGCAUUUGAAGAAUUCCGUGCUAAACUUUCCCACAUCGUGAACAACAGUACACUAUUUGAAGAUCUCCUCAAAUACCACAUCAUUCCUAGGACAUACUACACAAUUGGAAUGACACAUCAGCUCAAACUGCAUACCCUGUUGCAAGGAAGCGACAUCACAGUAACUCGAGAUUCAAGUGGUUUAAAAGUCAAUGGAGUUCCACUGAAGACAACUGAUAUUUCUACAUUAAACGGCGUGGUACACGUCAUCGACAAAGUGUUGGUUCCACCAGGACUGGUCAAGUAGAUGGCAAUGGCGUCCUUUUCAGUCAGUCGUAUUUAGUUCUAAGUAUAAUAAAACACGUUAAUCCAA